GUGGUUGAGGAUGGCGCCUCAGCACCAAGGGCCAAAAAACGUCGCUUGGACCACCUAACAUGGGAAGAAAAAAUACAGCGAAAGUAAAAAAUUAAAGAACCGUGUCGCUGCACAAACAUCACGCGACCGAAAAAAGGCUCGAAUGGAGGAUAUGGAAAGAGAACUCGACGAGUUAACAGAAAAAACAGAGUUAUUGCAAAAUAAGUGUGAAAGUUUGCAGGCUAUUAACGAAUCACUUCUUGAGAAGAACCAUAAGCUUGAUAUGGAGCUAGAACUUCUACGUCAACAACUUAACGAGAUGCAACAGCAACAAAAGCAGCAACAGGUGCAAGUUGCCAGGAAUGCCGCCAAAUUGGAAUCUAAAAAUGCUGCUAGUACUUGUGCCGGCUGUGAGUCCAUACUCAAUGGAUCUGCAGUAUCCAUAUAUACUGACCCUCUGCCGCAGGGAUCACCUCAAAUGGACUCACAGUCGACAGAAGAACAACUGAAAAAGAGCAACUCAGUAGCGUCACUCUGGAGGAUUGUUGCGCUUUGCCUACUCUUCAAGAUAUGCUCCUCAUCGACGAAGAAUUCGAUGCCAGGAAGCUUGAAGAGCUUGCCGAAAGCCUCUUGGCCGAUAUCACAGCAGACAUGGAAGCUGGUGAUGGAGCGGGCAAUGAAAAUGAUGCCAAAAUUGCAAGCUGCACAGAGCGACUGUCUGGACCAGUGGUGGGGACCAAAACAAAGUGCUUGGAAUCCAGCCAACAUACAAAAACACGAAGUAACAGCAUAAAUGACCCAGACUGGGUAGACCCCGUCCAAGCAGAUACAAUUAGAUUACAAAAUAAUCUACAUGCAGCGACACAACAUCUAACCAACACUAUCAACGCCCCUAUAACUAUUGCGUCAGCAGUAACGCCUAUAAAACUCCAUCAAGUUAAAGUGGAAGAUUCUCCUCCAUCACCGCUAGAUACUGUGUACGGCACAUAUGACGCUAAGACAAAUUCUAUAACAAUAGUAAUGGAUGACGACAUCGUACCGGUGAACGAAGCAGUAGAAGAGAUAUACUGUGAUGGUGUAACGCCAUCAAAAAAUGAUGAAAUAAAAUAUCCCUCACCUGCCGCUUCUCCCUCACAUGUUUUCCUUAAUGUCGUCGAUGAUUCUGACGAUGAUGACGACUUAAUAGAACGUUUUCUGCGCCCCAAACGGCCACUAGCGAAAUCUCCCGCACCAUCACUACAUUCGGCCGCAUCAGAUCAUGGGUACGAAUCAAUUAUUGGUUCACCAACAUCUACAGCCACAGAGCACUUUGAUACGGGUGCCGAAGAUUUUGUCUGGCAGGGUAGUUUUAACGACUUAUUUCCCAGUUUAAUCUGAAAGGCAUUAAAAAAUAUUUCCAUUUGUUAGUGUUUCACCAAUGCUCAGAUAUAUUUGUAUAUUGUACAAUAGUAUGUAAAUUAUUCGCCAUGUCACACAGAUGCUGUAAUAUGCAAUAGUUGUAGGUGUAGUUUUAGUCGUAAACUAAAAGGAAACCAUAUAUGUUCUCAUUUUAUAAUUUAUAAAUCGCAAUAGGUUGCGUUUGUAGUUGUAAAGAGUUACAGUUCUAAGAUUGACAAUUUAUUAUGGAAUUUAUAUCGCUGGUUUGUUAAGUUAAUUUGCUAAUUUAUUUUGUAAUCUAAGUGCAUCUUUGAAAUGGAUGGAGCCCAUUUGAAAAAAGCUUACAAAUAUACAAUACAUUAUACCCAAGCCCAA